UGCAGCAAAGUGGUCACCCAUGAUUUGGAAUGGCUGAAGUUAUCCGUAUUGCCUUUGUUGGCAGCCUAGAGUAUCUUCUUUUGCCGAAUGCAUGGGUCACUUUGGCAAAAGGUGAUCUGACGAUGCACGUCACUAUCCCCUGGCUCCUCUCCCCUCCCCCGCUGUCCCUUGUCAAGCUCCCUACGGCCUCUCGAAACAUUACCCUUCCCGACUCCACCGAGCGCGCUCGUGCUGCCGUCGCUGGUGGCCUCCCCCAAAGCCUGGUCGAAGUCAAGCGUGAAAUUGCGGCUGCCGAUCUCAACGUUGAUUUCUACAAGACUGUGCCUCUUGACUACGAAGAGUACAAGAGUGCACGCGAGGAGAUCGAAGAGUCGUUCCGGCGGUUCGACUACAAUCCUUUCAAAGGCAAUAUAACGAUCCGAAUGAACAGCCCGAUACACGAUAAUUUCGCCGGUUUGGUCGACAACGCUUGGGUCAGAGCUUUUUCCGCAUCCCUCUUGUCUUCCCGCAUCUACCUAGACAAUGAGAAACAACCCUCAGUUCCUGUUGUUGACGACGACAAGAGAGAGCAGAAAGGACCAGACCUUCAGUACUCUCAUGUCAAGUCAAAGCACCCUGGCGUAGUCGUCGAAGUCGCUUAUACUCAAAAAGCCAAGAAACUUGACAAGCUUGCCGAGGCUUAUAUCCUCGGAACCAAAGGAAAGAUCCGUGUCGUUGAUGGAUGUGGACGCAUAUUGGAAGCUGAGCAAGUCGUCAAAGCAAUGCCUUUUUGUGACGCCAACCAGCGGCCAGUGAACCAGGGCCACGAACUCACCAUCAACCUCCACGACCUGACCGCCAAGAAGGACCUUCUCGUCGACGUCCAAGACCUAUCCAUAUCAUUUCGAUAUGACGAGCUUUGUGGUUUUUUAUACGAGAUGGAGGAGAUGCAACAAUGCCGAGAGGCAGAGGAAAGUGAGGACGAGAUGCCAACCGAGCCCAAGCGACGAAUUUCCAGCUCACCUGAGCAACUCACCUCUGAGGAUGAGGAAGAAGAAUUGCAACAAGACACCAAGGGCGACCGCUCUUUCUCUUGCCCAGUGGGACACCUGACGCGUCCCAAUGUGUCAACCCGGUCGUCUUCAAAGCAACCUGCCUCUGAAGAUACCGGUGCGGGACUUCCCAUCGCAAAGCGCCAGUCCAAGCGACCCAUGACGCAGCGACGAGAGGAAUGAUCCUAUCGCUGGUUUGGAUAGCAAGUUUUGACGGGUGAUGUUGACUUUGGACACACUCUCUUGUAUGGCGGUUCUGGAGUACCAUGAUGUUGCUUGUAUAUGGCUGAAGACAGAUUGGACAUGAAGCAUAGAAUCCUGUAGAGUGAGAAGUUUGCUUGCCGCGGUUAUAGUUAGAUGUCUAUUAGGGUGAGAGAAUAAACUGGUUAAAG